ACCCCAGAACAUGAUCGACCAGUUGAACAAGAAGAGGCUGCAAUAUUAAUGGAGCUAGUGUACGUAGCUACUUAGCUCACCAGAGACUAAUAUUAUAUCUGUUAUGUAUAUGGGUGGGAGAAAUGAUGAUGAUCAUGAAAAUGAAUAGCUGCUGCACUACUUGUACCACUGCUACUACUUUUACUGCUCUCCUUGCCGCCGCCACCAGCUGCCAGCUUCGCCGCCGCGAUACCAAAACUACUACUGCUGCUGCUGCUGCUAAUAGUAAAUCCAUAUUUUUCAUUUCCAAGCCUUUUGGCGGUGCGUCUUUCUCCGAAGACUCACAGUCACACCAUGUCCGCCAUCCUUUUUUACUGCGAGUAACAAAUGAUCAGGGUAGGACUGAAGUGUGUGACUCUGAUAAAGAGUAUCUAAGAUCAGAGGCUGAUAGAAUUGUAGAUGGUUUGAAUUUUGGGGAGCUUUGCAAUGAGUUUGAGUGUAUUAGCAGCCCCUUGGUCGAGUCCACUGCUCGGCAGCUUGUGCGCGACAUCCUUGAGCUUCGCGAAGGCAACCGUGCUCUUGGGACCUUUGCUCUUUCCGUUCAAUACAAGGACCCCGUUAGAAGUUUCACUGGUCGUGACAAGUACAAGAGACCACUAUGGAUAACCACUGCGCUAGAUAAGCCUUCUGUUAGUGUUCAAGAAAUGAGCAUGUUAUCAACCAGUGUGCUAAGUAUCAAAUGGACAAUCAAAGGCAAGCCCAAGAACAUUCCAGGAGGAGAUUUGAUUGUAAAAAUCAACUCCAAAUUCACUCUGAAUCAGAUCAGUGGCCAAGUGACUCAACAUGAAGAGGUUUGGGAUUUAUCAGCUUCUUCUUUCAUUUCACAAGCCUAUUUCUGGACGUCGCGUCGUCUGUUCGCAACAAUUGAGAGUGGAAAAGACCUGGCUGAUGCAGUUAAAGGUCUAUCCAGCCGCUUCACAACAGAAAAACAGAACAUGGACAUUUUUCCAGACCCUUCUGGUGAUCCAACCAAGUUCUUCCAAAGGGACGACAGUUUCCAAAGGGAUGUGUAUCAAAUUGCUCUGUUCCUGGCAAUAGUAUAUUUUGUUGUACAGCUUCUGAGAAUAACCUUGUAAGUACUUAUUUUAUAUAUCAAUCUUGUUGUAUAAUACUGUAUUAUAAUCGGCAAUAUAUCACAGUAUCA